AUGAUCAGUACUGUAACGGCUAUUGCUCUCUCCACCGGCAUUUCUGUCUCAUACGUGCUAGGAAUCUAUCUCCAUAACAGAAAUAGCCACUUCCCCCGGGAUUCGCCGGUGACGAUCCGAAAUCGCAUUAAAAGUGUCUCCAUUGUCACACUCGCUAAUAUCAUUCUUGUACCACUCGUUCUCUGCUGGUUGGAUCCGUAUUACACGCUUCCGCAGGCAUUUUCCCGACUCGGCUUGAUCCCGGGAGCAUCCUUGCACUUUGGCUUUGAGUCUUUAGUAUCCUCGGUGGGGGAUGUCUUCAAAUGUUGGUUAUUGUUAGCAGUGUUGUACAUUGGCCCUAUUCUUGACUACACGCUCUUUGACCGGAAAUAUGCCAUGGCAGAUUUCCGCGACAACUUUACCACCCUCAUUGGGGUCAGAAACCACAUCGUUGCCCCGAUCACAGAGGAACUUGUGUACACUUCGUGUAUCCUCAACGUCUGUUUGCUCGCUAACAUGACUCUUCAGAACAUGAUCGUCUACACGCCGCUUCUCUUUGGCGUGGCGCACCUCCACCACGGUUGGGAGAUGCACCAAGCGGGGGGAACCUUGCGAAAAAUUGCCGUCAUCUGCACCUUUCAGAUGGCCUACACGUCUGUCUUUGGGAUGUUGACAAAUUUCAUCUUUUUGCGAACGGGCAGUGUGUGGUGCUGUGUGGUUGUGCACGGCUUCUGCAACUUGAUGAGCUUUCCCAGUCACGAUGUAUCCCCGAAAUAUGGCUGGGGAUAUGCGUAUUACGGGCUAUUGGUGUUUGGAAUUUACGGCUUCCGGCACGGCUUAUAUCCUCUCACAGCAAGUGAGGGAGCACUAAUCUAA